AUGCGUUUAGAUAUUAUACGUAACGGUCUACUUGCCAACCACUUUCUAGGCAUCCUUGGCGGCGUGCUUUCAGCACCUUGUGUAGUUGCCAACUCGGCUGCUUUGUUGUUCGUGGGCCGGUUUUUCUCCGGUCUCAACUCUGGUGUAACGAUCGGGGUCGCGUCACUCUACUUGAUUGAGAUCUCGCCACGGCAGCUUCGCGGCCUCAUCGGAGCCUGCCAUCAGUUGGCCGUUACCAUCGGCAUUGUACUUGCUUAUGUCUUCACUUUGACGAGUACUCUCAACACCGAAAAGCUAUGGCCGGUAGCCAUUGGCCUAGGAGCUAUACCUGCCUUCAUCUCACUGCUUACGUUGCCCUUCUGCCCGGAGAGUCCUCGCUUCCUUUUUAUCAAGAAAUCCCAAGAGGAGGAAGCCAGAAAGGCUUUUGUCCGGCUAAACGCUAAUGAGGACGUAAACACCUUCAUUGGAGAGCUGCGUGAAGAGAUUGAAGUGGCCAAAAACCAACCAGAGUUCAAGUUCACUCAGCUUUUCACGCAACGUGACUUGAGAAUGCCUCUCCUUAUUGCCUGCCUGAUACAGGUUAUGCAGCAGCUCUCUGGCAUCAACGCGGUAAGUUCACAAGAUAACCGAUUGACUAGUUACGAAAUCUAA